GUUUCGUUUUGGUCUCAGUAGGCUCCGGCGUUAAAGUCUCCGAAGCACUCUUCGAUUCCGCAUGGGAUAUUAGCCAACCGCGGCUUGUUUGUGCUCGUACGUCGAACAUCGAAGAGCGGCGUGCUUACGAUAUAUUGCUACCAUCAAACAGUAUAUCUUUCUUUUUCCGCCAAUUGUCCUCGUAUUAAAUUCCCUGUGAUAUGUACAGAUAGUUUCUGGACCAAUUUAUAAUUUUUUUUUUAAUUUUUCGAAAAAUGUGCUGUGAGAUGUAUCGGUUCGUUUUUUUAACACUGACGAUCGCUGUUAUUUCAGCUAAAGAUGAAUCAGAAAUAAAAAAUCUCAUAGGAGAACCAGACUAUAGACAGGUGCGUCUUCAUUGGGAAACAGAUAAAUCUGUUUCUCCAGAAAAAUUCGAAGUGAAAUAUUGCGAACUUCAGUCCUGGGGACCUCAGAGAUGCAGGAUGCAAGACGUUUCACAGCCUGACGAUAACGAAAUCGACUACAAUGAGAAUUUGCUUUCCUACAACGCUGACAUCAAGGGACUCAGGAUGGCAACUACCUAUUCCUUCGAGAUACGAAAUAGUAAAGAUGUCAGGGAGAGGGAAGACAGAUCUCAGGGAAGCGGGAAAAACCAGAAUGUCAUAGUUAUACCGACCAAAGGAUUUUCAGCCAGAGCUACCCAGUGUCUCUCUCACGCAAGUGAAAUAGAAGUGUCAACUGGCCCUUACUUCGCGGGAAGGAUAGCAGUGGAAGCUGCAGACGGUGAAAGAUGUGCUCUAGAUGGAGACCCAAAAAGUCCCAGAGACAGCUACACCCUAAGGAUCAACCACGACGAGUGUGGCAGCAAGGUCAACGAAACCACUGUGGCCACCUUCGUCAUCGUUCAGGAGAACCUGCCCAUUUUAACACACAGCACUAGGAGGUUCUUGGUUAUAUGUUCUUAUCAGCCGGAGACUUUAACAGUUAGAGCUGGACUGAGCCUCCCUACCAACAAUAAGGGUCAGGCGCAGUUGUCGGCAGUUAAUGUGGAUGAUGAAAACGACCAUGUAGGAAGGAGGGGGAGGAAUUUCAGGGUUGGGAGAGCGUAUUCUGAACCUCAAGCUCUCGUGAAAGAGAAGAACGGACAACUUGAAUACAUACCAAGCAACAACAUCGUACCCAUGUUCGUUAUGUGCCUACUCUCCAUAGCUGUUCUGAUCGGAAUUGUGGUAACAGUGUACAAGAUAUCCAUGAGGAAUCAGAGAUGUUUCGAUGACGUUUCAGUCAGCGGAUUCUCUGUGAGCACAGUCGGAAGCUGUAGCACUUUGGCUGGAUCAAUUCCGGAAAGGGAAUGUUCCAGAAUUUCUGUUUGACUCAGAAUUACUGCGCCCUAUUGCGUUAACUGAAGAGACACACCAAGCAGAUCUUUUCAAGUUCUUGAGAGGAUUUUGUUGAAUAUAUCUAGAUAUAAGUAUUUCCUUUUAGAAAUGAUGCGGUCCAUCGUUUCGCAACAAAGUCUGUUUUCGAUAUAAGUCCCGAAUGUCAAUUGCGUAUCCCUUCUCAUAUACUAGGCGUUUACAGAAAUUCGUGUCAGCUAAACAAGAACAACUGGCUUGCAUUUCGAUUAACGCUAGGUAUAGUAUGCAAUUGUUUAGUCUUAAGUACUACUUGACUAUGUGAUUCUAUUAGAUAGAAAUAAAAAUAU